UGGGGGUGCCUUGGAUGCAAGCAUGCAAGCCGAUAUUCAUUGUACCUCGUGCUCGUGUUGGAACGUUCGUAACAGUUAAUAACUAAAUAAAAAAACUAAAUAUCAAAUCAAAAAACUUUUGAUACAUAAUUAUAGUUUAGUCUAUAAUUUGAAUUUUAAGGUCUUAUAAGGUCUAAAAAUGUCGGAACAAAAAAAAAGUUUAUCCAUAGUUGUCAAUGACAGUGAUAAUAAUCUAGCGGUAAAUGAUGAGUUCGAUAACAUGAGACUUAAAACUAAUGGUUUGGAUGCUGAUGAUGAAUUAUAUUCUACGUUCAGUUUCCCAGCUCCGCUAAGAAUUAUUCAAUUCAAUAUAAGUGGCCUAUAUAGAUCUAUUGGCGCUAUUAACUGUCAUUUGGACGAGCAUCAAGGCACAGCAUCGUUGAUAAGAAAAAAUUUUGAGGAAGUGGUGAAUGUCAAAUGGUCUGAUAUCGCUGGUCAAGAAUCAGUGAAGCAGAAGUUACGAGAAACAUUUGAGCUGCCUCUGAAGCAUUCGGAAGCAUUUUUACAAACAGGAAUCAAGCCUUCGAAAAGUCUUUUGAUGUAUGGUCUACCGGGUUGCUCGAAGACGAUGCUCGCUAAAGCUUUGGAGACUGAGAGCAAACUCCAUUUUAUCAACGUCAAGGGUCUAGAAUUAUUUUCAAAGUGGGUCCGCGGAUCCAAGAGCGCAAUACAGGAAGUAUUUCGUAAAGCAAGAGAAAAUGCGCCAUCAAUUGUGUUUAUUGACGAAAUCGAUGCAAUCGGUGGUAAAAGACCCAUCGAAAACGCCGACAACAAUGAACGAGAAUGAAUCUUAACAUUAUUAUUAACGGAACUUGAUGGUGUUGCUCAUUUAGAAAAUGUUAAAAUUCUCGCUGCUACUAACAAACCUGAUUGUUUAGAUAACGCACUCUCAGAAAGAUUUGAUUCAAGGAUUGAAGUAUCAUUGCCAGAUCAUCAAACUCGUGAAGAAAUAUUUAAAAUAAAUUUGAAAAAAUUGCCUAUAGAUGAAAGUGUCGUGAUUAACGAUCUCGCAGAAAAAACUAAGGGUUAUUCAGGUGCAGAAAUCCAUACAGUAUGUCGUCACGCUAUUUUUAGUGCGUUACGCGAAAAUAUAUGUGCUAAAACACUAACAAAAGACCAUUUUGAACGAGGAUUUAAAUGUGUUUUACCACGUAUUCGCUACGUACCCGAAGAAUAUGCUGAUUGGAUAAAGUCGGCCUCAUAAAAUAUUAUAUUAUAAUACAAUCUUCUCUGUUUGGUUAAUCGUGUCAUAUAACCCUCUAUACUGCACAUGCACAUUUAAUUAAUCAACGCUCGCGUCUGUAGAUCAAUGCAGCGCCAGCUUAUAACCUUGCAUAUAUUAAUUCAUGCGCCAUAAAAGUUAAGUAUUGUUGAGGGAAUCUUAUUAAAAAUAUGUUCGAAUUCCAUAAAGUAUUAACAUUUUUUAUUAACAAUUAAGUAAAGUAUUUUUCUAACUGAGACUCCAUGAUCCUAACUUGAGACAUCUUACGGCUUUUUUCUUCGUGCAUUUAUUAAAUAAACUACUGUAUAGAUCGAGUGACAUUGAGUAUUAUAUCCUUUAUAUCCUUGUAUGUUGGCAACAUUUCCAUAUCCCUAUUGGAUCCUGAUUACCGUAAAUUACCAUAUAAUGCCGCGUUUUUACGGUAAUUGACUUGGAUUACGGCAAUUUUCUGUAAUUUGCGGAAUUCCGCCUUAAUACGGUGCAGUCCCUGGCGAAUCCAAAUUACGGUGUUACCGCAGUUUUGGUGUAAUUGUCCAUAAAGUAUGGUAUUUUCACGGCCAUACUUAACGGUAGUUUACAGAAAUAUACAGCAAUUUGCAGUGUUUUACGGCUAAUUGCGGUAAAAAUACGGCAAUUUACCGAAAUUUGCGGUAUUUUUUCGUAAGAGCUGUAUGAUUUUUUGUUUUUAUAGUGCAAUACUUUACUUUAUAGUAUGUAUAUUUACUUUGCUAUAUGGUGAAAUG